GUGCGGCGCGGCUGGGCGCUAAGAUGGCGGCGGCGUGAGUUGCAUGUUGUGUGAGGAUCCCGGGGCUGCCGCGUCGCUCGGGCCCCGCCAUGGCCGUCACCAUCACGCUCAAAACGCUGCAGCAGCAGACCUUCAAGAUCCGCAUGGAGCCUGACGAGACGGUGAAAGUGCUAAAGGAAAAGAUAGAAGCUGAGAAGGGUCGUGAUGCCUUCCCUGUGGCCGGACAGAAACUCAUCUAUGCUGGCAAGAUCUUGAGCGAUGAUGUCCCCAUUAGGGACUAUCGCAUCGAUGAGAAGAAUUUUGUGGUCGUCAUGGUGACCAAGGCCAAAACUAGCCCAAGCACUUCAGUACCCCCAGAGGCCUCACCCACUGCUGCCCCAGAGUCCUCCACAACCUUCCCUCCGGCCCCUGCCUCAGGCAUGUCCCAACCCCCACCCACCGACAGAGAGGACAAGAGCCCAUCGGAGGAAUCAGUCCCCACGACGUCCCCGGAGUCCGUGUCAGGCUCUGUUCCCUCUUCAGGUAGCAGCGGGCGAGAGGAAGACGCGGCCUCCACGCUAGUGACGGGCUCAGAGUAUGAGACGAUGCUGACGGAGAUCAUGUCCAUGGGCUAUGAGCGGGAGCGUGUCGUGGCCGCCCUGAGAGCCAGCUACAACAACCCCCACCGGGCCGUGGAGUAUCUGCUCACGGGAAUUCCUGGGAGCCCUGAGCCAGAACCCGGUUCUGUCCAGGAGAGCCAGGUGUCUGAGCCGCCGACCACAGAAACAGCGGGAGAGAACCCCCUGGAGUUCCUGCGAGACCAGCCGCAAUUCCAGAACAUGCGGCAGGUGAUUCAGCAGAACCCGGCACUGCUGCCGGCCCUGCUCCAGCAGCUGGGCCAGGAGAACCCUCAGCUUUUGCAGCAAAUCAGCCGGCACCAGGAGCAGUUCAUCCAGAUGCUGAAUGAGCCCCCCGGGGAGCUGGCGGACAUCUCAGACACGGAGGGUGAGGUGGGCGCCAUAGGCGAGGAGGCCCCGCAGAUGAACUACAUCCAGGUGACGCCACAGGAGAAGGAGGCCAUAGAGCGGUUGAAGGCCCUGGGCUUCCCCGAGAGCCUGGUGAUCCAGGCGUACUUCGCUUGUGAAAAGAAUGAGAACUUGGCUGCUAACUUCCUCCUCAGUCAGAACUUUGAUGAUGAGUGAUGCCGGGAGGCCAGGCUGCCCACUGCCCCCACCCUGCCCCCAGCUCCACAAAAGUUUUAUAAAAGAAAAAAAUAUAUAUAUAUUCAUGUUUAUUUAAGAAGUGGAAAAAAAUCAAAAACUUUAAAAAAAACCCACUCCCACCCUCCUGAAGUGGCCCCCAUUCCCAUCUUGGCCUGAGAAGACCCGGCCAGACAGCUGUCCCCCUCCCCCGCCCCCGCCCUGCCUGCUUGAAGGAGCUGGCAGGACUGCAGGCGACAGAUGGGCCCCUCUUGGCCUCUGUCCCAGCUCCCUGCAGCCAGAUGGAGAGGCGGCUGCUUGCUUCCCCAUCCCCCGAAGAGCCCCCGAGACCUCCCCCCUCCCUCUUCCAGGGUGAGGCCCCAGACUUUCACCCCUCACUGGAGUGGCCCAGACCUUUUCGUGUGGGGUGAGCACUCCCAGGCCCUCCCCAGUCUGGCCUUGGCCUGCAGCCCCGGCCGGGGAGGAGGAAGCGGGCUUGCCCCCCUGGGGAAGGGUAACAUCCAAGCCGCUCUGGAGGUCGAGGGCCCCCCACCCCGGACAGGACUGUGUCUCUGAUAAAGGUUUUGAAGUGAAUAAAGUUUUAAAACGCAGCCCUGUGGUGUGUGCCUGCUGGGGCUCCCCACUCCCACUCGGCUGGGCCUGGGGCUAGUUGGGCACGGGCAAUGCAGGAAUGCCGAGGAGGGGCAGAGGGGGGCUCCCAGUGCCUCCUCCCCCCUCGAAGCUGUCUCCUUUCCAGGCAGGGGGCCCAGCCCCAGCUCAGCCUUGGCAGGGCUGCUGCUCCCGCCCCCCACCAUCUCACCACAGUCUGUUGUGGCUCCACUUGUCCCCUGGUAAUUGGCUAAUUACUGGAGAUUAAUGUUGGUAAACA